ACGUUGGUGUUGUCGCGCGAGGUAGCUUGCACGCCAUACCGCCCAGGGAGUGACGCUGCAGCCAAACUACCGGGGCCGCUAGCCGUGGGACCGGGGGGUGGCAGCAAUUCGCAAUUCCAGUGCAAAGAAAUACGCACCCAGCAGAGCAACCAGCAAACUCCACGUCGCCCACCACCACCCGCCCCCAUGGCGCCCCAGCACGCCCUCGUCAGCUUCUCCCCCGUAGAGCUGUUCUUUUUGCGCAGGGCCCUGACACAGACGCCCCCCAUCCGCCGCGAUGUCACCAAAGGGCCCCGCGACUUUCGCUCCAUGCGCGCAGAGUAUGACGUCUUGCCCACUGCAAACGGAAGUGCGCGCAUUGCCCUCGAGGAUGGCACAGAGGCCCUUGUUGGCGUCAAGGCUGAAGUGGAAAAGACAAGCCAGCUGCCGACCCUGGGCGAGCCAGAAGAUGUAGACAUGGGCGACGGCGCCGACGAGAACAAGGCCAAGGGCCAGAAUGCGUGGGUCGACAUGACCGUCGAGAUACCGGGUUUCCGAGAGGACGAUGCCCUGCCCGUCUUCCUCGCCUCGAUGCUCUCUGAGAGCCUGCUUGCGAGUGGUGAGCUCAAGGACCGGCUCUACAUCAACAGGCGCUUUCACUGGAAGCUCUACAUCGACAUCCUCCUGCUCUCGCCGCCCCUAUCCUACCCGCUUGCCAUGCUCUCCAUGACCUCCCACCUUGCUCUUCUCACCACACGCCUCCCCGCGCUCAAGUCGGAAAAAGACGAAGACCCACUCUUCGACGACGACUGGGACGCAGCCGUGCCCCUGUACCCCAAGCAGGCAGGAACAAACAAGACUGCGCCUCAACUAGGGAAGCCACCCGUCAUCAUACUAGCCAUGGCCGUUGGCGCAAACAUCAUCUUCGACCCGGCUCCGGAGGAGCUAGCAGUCGCAGACGCUGUCCUUGCUGUCGCAUGCACAAAUUCGACAAACUCCGCUACGGGUGCGCGCAUCGUCUCGAUACGCACUAUUGACCCUCCGUCCCAUCUCACACCACCAGGUGUGCCCAACUCGAUGAACACUGCUACUGGCGGUACUGCUCCCACGUCGACUGCCGACGCCCUUACGCAGCGCGAGCUGCUGGCAACAUCAGGUGUAUGGACACCACCUCGGGGCGGCAUGAAGAGGAGUUUGAUUGCGCAGGUGACCAAGAUGGUAGUAGAGAACGGCGGGGUUGCUGAAGAGGUCAUUGGCGCAUUGGCAGCCAUUGAAGUUGGCUGAAGAGAGUAGAGUGAACGCUGCGCACAACAACGCCCCACCAACACGUUGGAUGGGGAUGAUCUCUCAACGACUUCAUACCAGCAACAAGACCAUGCAUCUGGAAACCAGACUAGGCAUGAACACAGCAAGACGUUCCAAAAGUCCGACAUCAAAUUAGUUUCAAGUUAGGCGGGCUUUUUGCGCCACUUAACAAUUGCUCGACCAAGUCAAGCCAUCCUUGUUGCCAGCACAAGGCAUUCGCUAUGGCCUUAGUCUCGAGCUGCUAUAGUCAGACACGUGUAAAUCAGUAGAACCAUAGCAUAUCACCCCGACGGAAUUAAUCUUGUAACAUACACAAAGACGGAACGUUGGUGUGUUUUCAAUGGACAGCAUCGGCAAAACAAGUGGCACGUUACCCUGGUAGCGUAGCAGAAGAACAAAGCGUCAACCUCACUUUGUGUCAUGCAUCACAGAAAACUAAGCAAACAUG